AUGAAUGAUCUUCCUGCAGGAAAUAUUUCAUUCACAGACUUCAGACUGAUUGGUUUCUACAGCCUAGGAGAAUGGAGGCCCUUUUUGUUUAUCCCUUUCUUUCUGAUGUUUUCAUUGGCUAUAACAGCAAAUUCUUUUCUCAUAUAUUUAAUCAAAUCUCAAAAGUCUCUGCAUUCUCCUAUGUAUGUAUUAAUAGGUGUUAUGGCAGUUUUAGACUUGAUCUUGCCAAUAUUUUUUGUACCUAACAUGCUUCUUAGCUUUUUAUUUAAUUGGAGUGGAAUUUCUUUAACUGGUUGUUUGAUACAAAUGUUUGGCAUUCAUUUUGUUGGAGCAUUUCAGUCUACUUUGCUUUUUUGGAUGGCAAUGGAUCGUUACUUUGCAAUAUGCAAACCUCUUCAUUAUCAUAAAUACAUGGAAAUGACUAACUUUUCAAAGUUUGUUUUUCUGCCAUUAAUCAGAAAUGGAUUUCUGAUGGUCACCAUGGUCUCUUUAGCAGGAAAACUGUCAUUUUGUGGAAAUAUAAUUGAUCACUGUUUAUGUGAACACAUGGCAUUGGUUCAGUUAGCAUGUGGUGACAUAUCAAUUAAUAACAUUGUAGGACUUGUGUCUGCUUUCCUUAUACCAACUGCUGAUUUUAUACUCAUUACUAUUUCUUAUGUUGUGAUUUUCUCCUCUGUGUUCAGAUCUGGUAAGUCUCAUUUAAAGGCCAUAAAUACCUGCAUUACUCACAUUAUAGUUAUGACACUUAGUUUGACUUCUGCCUUGAUUGCAUUUAUGUCCUACAGAAUAAGAAGUGAUGUUCCUUCUAGCAGUCGAAUAUUCAUGAGCUUAAUAUAUGUUCUGUUUCCAAGUUGUUUUAACCCAAUAAUCUAUGGGUGGAGAACAAAAGAAAUAAGACAAACUUUCCACAAGUUUAUAAACAAUGGAAAGGUUUUGCCUUUGUAA